AAACCUUAAAAGGGAAUACUGUCUGACUAAAGCCAGACAACUGGCCCCUUAAAAGAACAUUUAUAAUUUAUUUAUGGCCUAAUAUUUUCCACGGAUAGGAUUAAUAAAUCACGUUUUCAUUCAACUUGUUUUCUCUGAGGUAUGAAUUUCUCUAUUUUGAUACCAGAUCUUAACAUGUUUUAUUUUGCUUGUCCAUUUUCCAGUUCAUUUUUGCAGCUACAGGGAGAAAUUUAUUAGUCUAUAUUGCCGCCUUUCUGCUGUCAUGGAGCUGGAUUCUCUGAAUACCCAACAGUCCCUGAGGGAAGCAAUCUCAGACAGCGAGGUUGCAGCUGCCAAACAAAGACACCAGCAAGUUUUAGAUUUCAUUCAGCAAAUAGAUGAAGUUUGGCGUGAAAUGAGGUGGAUCAUGAAUGCUCUGCAUUAUGCAAGAUACAAACAACCAGUUUCAGGCUUGUUCAUCACUAAGCUGAUAGACUCCUCAGAUGAGCAGAACCUAAAGAAGAUCAAUUCUACAUCAUCACACAUAGACUGUGUUCCAUCACCGUCCCCAUCGCCAGAGAUGCACAGAAGAAAAGCAGUGAGUGAUUCACAGCCCUGCUCUGACGAAGAAGGCUGCUCAGAAGUCUUCCUCCCCACCGACAGCGACUAUGACUCCAGUGAUGCCCUGAGCCCUCGAGACCUGGACCUGGUCUACCUGGCCUCGCAGGACAUCGCCCAGCAGGCCCGAAGCGGCCUGAGCGGCAGCGCCCCCGACGUCCUGCAGGUGCACGACAUGAAACCUCCUUCCCGGCCGAGCCAGGAAGCCCAGGGCCACGUCCUGGGGCCCGAGGCCGACCACUCCUGCGCGGAGCUCCUGCACAGCCUGACCCUCACGAGCCUCGCGCCCAAGAACCACUCCAAGCUGGCACCAGGUGCGCGGCCGCCGCUGGGCUUCCUGGGAAAGCGGAAGCCGGCCAAGCAGGCGCACUACGGCGGCUUCAGCCGCCACCACCGCUGGCUGCGCAUGCACAGUGAGACACAGUCGCUGUCCCUGUCUGAGGGCGUGUACACGCAGCACCUGUCCCGGGCUUGCGCCCAGGCCCAGGAGCCCGGGGGAGGCCGAGCAGCUGGUGCCCGCGUCUGAAGGGCCACGGGGAC